AUGGGCGAAAAGUCCGAGGUUGAGAACAUUGACGACUGCGGCAAGAAGCCCGUCGUUGACGUCGUCCACAACGAUGAGGGCACCAAAGUCCUCGCUGCUUACACCGGCGACAGACAAUGGACCGAGGAAGAAGAAAAGCAGCUCGUUCGAAAGAUCGAUAAGCGUCUUCUAACCUUGCUGUUCCUGUCUUACGGUUUCCAAUUCUAUGACAAGGUCAUCUUGGGACAAGCUGCAAUUUUCGGUCUUCGCGAAGAUGUUGGCCUUAAUGUCGGCAACCGCUACUCAUUCGCGGCGUCCAUUUUCUACCUUGGGUUCCUUGUGGGCUCGGUCCCGGCAACUUUGUUGGCGCAAAGGUUUCCUGUUGAAAGGGUUAUAUUCGGCAUUGUGUUCGUCUGGGGCGGAUGCCUCAUGGCGGCAGCUGGAUGCAAAUCCUUCCAAGCGAUAUACGUCCAGCGAUUCUUCCUGGGCUUCUUGGAGUCUGGUGUUUCUCCUAUCUUCAUGAUGUCAGUAGGUUCCUUCUACAAGAAGAAGGAACAAGCCCUGCGCCAGGGAAUCUGGUAUAGCUCCAAUCCUAUCCGGGUCCGCGGCUUGAGUGAUCGGGAGCGCUUCAUUGCCAUCUCAAGGCUACAAUCGAAUAACUCCGGUGUAAGGAACACGCAUUUCAAGAAAGCACAAGUUUACGAGCUGCUACUUGACGUACGAUUUUGGCUCCUCUUCUCCUUAGCUUUCCUGAACAUGAUUCCCAACGGUCCAGGGUCGAGCUUCAUUCCUAUCAUUAUCAACGGUUUCGGAUUCAGUCGCCUGAACACCAUGUUGUUGAAUAUGCCUUAUGGCCUCUCCGCUGGUAUUGUCAACAUUCUCUUGCCAUACCUGGCCUACAAGUACAAGAAUAUGAGAUGCUACAUUAUUAUCCUUGGCUACGCAGUAGCCGGCAUAGCAUCGUUGCUGCUCUGGAAACUCCCCCGGUCCGAGAAGGGAGCCCUGCUUUUUGCUUGCUACUUGUUCCCCAUUUGGGGUGGAAGCUUUGGCACAACCAUGGGUUUGGCUACUGCCAACAACGCCGGAUAUACUAAGCGUUCCGUUGCCUCCUCUGGCUUGUUUAUCGGAUAUACCCUCGGCAAUUUCGUAGCACCUCUCUUGUUCAAAGAGAAGGAUUCACCUGCGUUCCUUCCCGGAUGGACUGCCGUGCUUUCGUGCUGUUGCGCCGCUAUCGCUCUGACGAUUGUCUACCGCCAAUACUGCGUGUGGGAGAAUAAUAGGAGGGACAAGGCCGGCAUUAAGGAAGGGUUCGAACAUGCCUUUGAGGAUGACGUGACGGACAUGAAGAAUCCGCAAUUCCGAUACGCCUACUAG